CUAAACGUUCAAUAACUAUUCGUAGUAACGGGAGUGUGACAGCGACUGGUGAAUUGUUUUGAAUGCAGCUCACAUUAGACGAAGGAGUUGCCCUCUCCCAACAGCAUCAAAUUUAUGAUCACCUCAGAGAAGAAAGAUUAUAAAGAUAGAUGUGAAAGCUGGUCUCGCGACGUUAAUUUGAUGCAAAAUGCAACCGUUCUGAACAGUUAAAAAGAACUUUACGAUGCGGGACUCGCUCUGAGGUGUAAUUAUCCACGGAUGGACCUGGUGCCCGUCGGCUGAGACAUCAUUUACAAUCCGCUGUGAGACUGACGAGGCGGGACCGCCGACAGGAUGGUGGAGCGGUCGGACCGAGCCCCUCUGCUGGACUGGGAGGAGGUUCCGUCCGCGGAGAAGCCCGGCGGAGCGGCACCGGCGGCACCCCACGCCAAGGACCGACUGGCGAGCCCCUCCAACAGCCGUGUUGGGUGGAGCGGCAGUCCAGGGGGUCCCACUCCCAGCAGGUCUGUAUCCAACGCAGACGGCUGCAGCGCCCCACCCGCGACCUCCAGCAUCCCGGCGGGCAAGGAUGAAGCCCUGCGUCCCGACAGCGAGGAGCAUCUCUCGGAUCCAGGAUCGAGGGAGGUGUCGCUGGAGGACAGGAUGAUGAAAUGGGAGGAAAAGGACCAGAUUGUGUCGGUCUUUGUCGUUACAUUCAAUACCAGAUCAGGAAAUAUGCUGGAGUGGUGUCUGCCCAAAGACAUGGACCUGGAGGGAGUGGAGUUCAAAGCUAUCGCCAGCGGCUCCCACCGAGUCACCACAGACUUCAUCUACUUCCGGAAGGGCUGCUACUUUGGCCUCGCCUGCUUUGCCAACAUGGCGGUGGAGAGCACGGUGGAGAGGGGGGCGAGGAUGAAGUCGGUAGGGAUCCUGUCACCUUCCUACACCCUGCUCUACCGCUACAUGAGCUUUCUGGAGCACCAGGUCAGGCUCCAGCUUCAGUCCCCGGGCCACUACUCCCCCCUGGAGGCCUUCUAUGAGGACAAGAGAGCACUUCUGCCCCCCAGUGGUGAUGGUGUUGUUACUGCAUGUCCAGCCAAUGCCUGGGGAGCUGCCAUCAACCACAGCAUGCACCCUGAGAUGAAGAUCACUCACCCUGCAGGCUGUAUGUCCCAGUUCAUCCGCUUCUUUGGGGAGCAGAUCAUGGUGCUGUGGAAACUGGCUCUGCUGCGCAGACGCAUCCUCAUCUUCUCCCCUCCACCUGUGGGUGUGGUCUGCUACAGAGUGUACUGCUGCUGUUGCCUGGCAAACAUCUCCAUCCCCGGUAUCGGCGUGGCCGUGCCCGAGUUCCGCCCGUUCUUCUACGUAAACGUGGCCGACAUCAGCGCCCUGGAGAACGAGCUCUCCUACGUGGCGUGCACUACUGAGAAGAUCUUUGAGGAGAAGAAGGAUCUGUACGAUGUGUAUGUAGACAAUCAGAAUGUAAAGACCUACAGAGACGGCCUGAAGCCUCUGCUCCGCCUCAGCACCGCAGACAGGGAGAAAUAUCGCAAACUCACAGAACAGAGGCAGAUGUUGCUGUACUCCCAGGAGGAGAAUGGAGACUGUGUGUCCAGUGAAGAGGAUCUCUUUAUUCUGUUUUUCCUGGAGCAGAACAACAGGAUUUUCCAGACCCUCAGCGAGGUGGCAGGGAGCUCCGAUCCCACGCUGACCCAGGAGAGCGUGAGGGCCAUGGGUCUGGAUCCCCACGGAGACAGGCUCUUCCUGCUCCACCUGCUGGAGAUCUACGGCUACGACACCCUGCUGGUGUCGGAGCAGCUGUGCUGCAGUUGAGAGACAACAGACGGCUGGCUUUCUGCCUUUCAUCACUGCUGAUUUAAAACUGGGGAUGAAUUGCCUCGAGCAAACUCUGAGUGCUGCACUACUGGCUUCUUGGAGUCUUCAGGACCGUUUGGAACUUCUCUGGUAUCACGUUUUUUGUUGUAUAUCUCCCUGUGCUUCUUCUGUUCGCCGUGGUUUUGCUCCUGAUGGCAAGAGCAACAAAAACAGUCUCAUGUAUUAUAACAAAGAGUAAUAUGGUCAGUUCUACUUGAUAAAGCCUUGCGGAGGCUUACGAUGGAUUACUCACCCAAAAGUGAUUCUCUGGACUGGGUACAGCUGGAGCAUUUUGACACUGAGCCGUGUUUGAAUGUCAUGGAUGGCAGGUUCAAACACAAGAUGAUGGCUUGAACUGUACUGCGCGGGCAUCAAGUUGAAUGAGACUUCCUCCAAGAUGAAGUCAUGAUUUGAAGAUUUUCAGUGAACAAAAAGGAUCAAUGUAUGAAAGUGAAAUAGAGAGGUAGCCGUCCUGUAAAUAAUAUUUUUUUCUUUUUA